AUGCCUGGGAAGAUAUGGGAGUUUCCACAAACAUCCCGGAACUGGCUUUUGCACGCUCGAUAUGUGAGGGGUGAACACGCUCAAUGUUUAGACUUGGCUGAUGAAUUGCAGAGAUGUUCUGAAAAUAGGCACAGAUACGCAUAUUUCAUAAAGGCUUCGGUGCUCGCAGACGCAGGUAGAUACCAAGAGGCGCUGGAGAGGUUCCAUAGCUGCAUCAGGUUACAGCCACAGGACCCCGAGCCUUUGAAGGAAGUGGCUAAGUGUUUAUUCCGCCAAGGACGCUUUCAGUUGUCUCUAGAAGCUUAUCUGGAGGCUGAUAAAUUGACAAAACAUCCAGACCCUGAUGUGUUCUGCGCUUUGGCGGAGUGUGCCUGGAAUCUUGGAGAUGCUGAGCGGGGAGUGGAGUGGGCAAGGGCGGGGGUGCAGGCGGGCGGGGGGGAGAGGGCUGGAGCUCUUCUAGCCAAGUUACUGCUGGCCUGCGAUGACGUUAGCGGAGCACUUGCAGCUUAUGACCAGGCAUUGACAACGCACGCCUGCGGAGCCGACACCAUGGCCGCUGCUGGAGCCCUAUGCCUCCGAGCUGGCGACCCUCGCCGUGCCUUCCAACUCCUCGGAGCGGCAUUAGCACAACAGCCAACGCAACACGCCGCCGCUUUAGCGCUGGCCGCGAUGAUGCUGCAGCAUAAAGAUGUGGAUGCAGCGCUUGCGAGGCUGAAAGCAGCUCUUUCUGCUCAUCCAACUUGUGUGGCCGCUCAUACUAACCUUGGAUUAGCUUUGUUGGCUAAGAAGAAAUAUGUUGCUGCUCUAACCUGCCUCCAGCGCGCUGUGUGGGCAGCACCACUCAGCGGCCGGGCAGCUCACGACCUGGGCCUAGCCUUGUUGCUGUGCAAGAGACCCGCCUCCGCCUUCUGCAGACUGGCCACUGCCGCCGCAUUGCAGCCCACACAGCCUUACACAGUUCUUCUAAUUGGGGUAGCGCUUGAACGCCUUGGAGACAGUCGGGCAGAUGCCGCAUACGCCAGAGCAGUGACUUUGUCUCCACAAGAUCCUCUGAUCAGAUUGAACAUGGCUGGCAGACAUGCUAGGGUCGGAAGACUAGCAGAGGCGGUCGAAGAAGCCGGUGUGACUGCCGAAUUAUUACAAGGCCAACAAAAAGGGGACCCUCAGUUGGCAAGUUCUCUAACUACACUUCUAGCAUUGUUGAGAGAGGCUGGUGUGGAACUGCAUCAGCUGCCACCUGCGGUACCGGACGUAGAAGGACCAACUUGUGUCCCAGACGAACCCCCUACGCCCGACGAAGAUAAUAUGGCACCCGAUGAAGUUUAA